CGUAAAUCGAGGAAAGUGUUCCUUGUGGCUUGUACAUAGGCAAUAUCAUGCUACAUUUAGCAGAACGGUGCCAGGUAACUGAUUUGUCUUGUCAGCACGAAUGGAUUCACCUGCGAAAAUCCGGAGGCUGGAAGGAGCGUCAGCCGCGCGUCAAAACACGGGAGACCUGCGAUAUGAAAGCUCAUGCUACGCCGACGCGCGCUUGGCUGACGGGAUGCCUCCAGAGCUCCUGCAAGGAGAGAAAGUGUCUUCCUCGGAGCUGCAGAGGAAGGUGAAGGCAGUCCUGGAGACGGCAUUGCAACCGGAGGAGCUGGCGCUGCUACUUCCCCAGCUGGGCCGGUUGGAGGCAUCCAUGCUGACUCCAACAAGACCAGGAGGCCCAUCAUCAGCUACACGCCGCCAAGCUCCGGAACCAAUCAGGCGCUUCUGGCGCGCCCUUUUGGAUUCCGAGAUUACCGCAGACAGCUUCUUGGUCCUUCCCAGCGGUGCCUACCUUCUAGGCAACCAGGAACGCGGUGGUGCGCUUUUCAUCCGUCGCAGCUACCGGGGGCUGUUCGAACGCAU